AUGUCGGCCCUCUCGGCUGCACACGCGGCAGCGCCCCGCACAGACGGCCCGGCCGCCGCGCGCUCACUGCCCCCUGCACCCCGUCCUGCCCCCGGGGACCGACCGCUCCUCGGCCUCCUGUCCCUGCCGCUUGGCGUCCGCUGGACACCUGCUGCAGGGGCCACCCUGGGACCAGUAGGUGGCCGUGUGCGCCGGCCGCGUUCCCUCGGCACCGUGUUCUCAGGAGGGCUGUUCUCCGAGGGAGCGGGAACCCGGGUCCCCCCCCCCAAGGGAGCAGGAAUUGGGGUCCCUCCCCCCGAGCGAUCAGGAAGCGGGGGUCCCUCCACCAAGGGACAGGAGUCGGGGUCCCUCCCCCCGAGGGAUCAGGAAUCGGGGUCCCUCCACCAAGGGAUCAGGAGUUGGGGUCCCUCCCCCAAGGGACAGGAGUCAGGGUCCCUCCCCCAAGGGACAGGAGUCGGGGUCCCUCCGCCAAGGGACAGGAGUCGGGGUCCGUCCCCCCGAGGGAGCAGGAAUAGGCCCCCCGAGGCAGCGGGGAUCGCCCUGCACGUCCAUCGAGGGGCACUCGCCCCCACUGCGCGCCCCCCCUGGCGGCGAGGGGCACCUGCGGGCGGACGUGCGCGGCGGCGGCGGCGGCGAAGGUCGCGCGGGGCCCCUCCGGGCGCGGGAUGGGGGGCCCGACGGCAGGGCGACACCCGCUGUCUGGGCAGCGCGCUGACCCGGCCCCCUGCUCCCGCCGCGCCGCCCCACUGGCCCCUGGCCCGCCGCCUGCUCCUCCCGGUGCGGCCUCGCGAGCCCCCGCGCCGGCUGUGCCGCGGCACCUGGCACUGGGGGUCACUUCCCCCGUGUGUAGGGAGGGGGCAGGGCGGGGCCCGAGGGACAGGGAGCUCGGGCAGGUGCAGCCCGCUGACCCGGGCCCCCGUGGAGCCUCCUGCGGGCUCCCCCGCGCCCCAGGGCUGCACCCGAGCCCGGGCUGCAGGCGGGUGGCCCAGUGAUCCCCCCGCCCCCCCCCCCCGGGCAUGGGUCCUUGUCGCCGCCCCCGGGUCCGAAGCAGCCCCGCGGUGCAGCAGAGGCGGGGUCGGCGCGGCCGGGAGGCUGCGGUGCGCCGGGAGUCCGGGCGGGGCCCUCCUCUGUUGCCCCUCCAGGCGUGCCCCACUGCACUCGGGGCUGGCGCAGGGCGGUGCGGGGGAGCUUCCGGAGGGGGUGCGGCCUGUCGUCGCCUGGCGCGACUCGGCGAUGGGACACGUUCAGUUUCACAGUGUUGUGGUCAGAUAA